CUAAUACCUCUGGUAGAUGGGGGAAGCAUUAUGGAUACCUCUCAGCUAAUGGAAUUCGUGGCCAAAAUGAAUAAGAAAUAUAUAAGAUUUGUUCAAGCAGUUGAGCGUCAAAUUAAAAUGGCUGUAAUUGUCGCUGUUAUUAUUUCUGCCAACCUUGCUAUUCUCUGGGCAGUAGCGCCAAUAUUUAAUAGGAAUGAAAUUAACAAUUUUGAUAAUAACACUUCUAUCAAAGAAGAAAAUAACUUUGACGGAUUUAUAUUCGUGAUGUGGGUCCCUUUUGAUAUUAAAAGUUCGCCUCGGUAUGAAAUAAUCACUGCCUUGCAAUUUAUUAUUAUAACUCUUCCACUAGUACAGAUAUUUUCCGUUGAUACAAUGUUUGUGUCUCUGAUGAGUCAUGCAGCUGCUCAAUUCAAGGUUUUAUGUGCAAUGCUGAAUGACAUGCAUGAGAAUGCCUCUGAAGUGGAGUUGAACAGAACAAAGCACAAGUCUCCUUUGCACUUUAGUGCAGACGACAGUUCUGAGAAGGAAGCAGUAACAUCAGCACAUGACAAUAUUCCUAACGAAUAUCGGCGCGGAUUUGAGAAGGAUUCUGGAAGCCCCAGGUGCGAGACGGCGCUCCCAGGAGGCGAAGAUCCAUUCCAGCUGUACCUUGCUGAAUGCAUCAGAUAUCACCAAGCUAUCAUCGAGUUCGUCGACCAUCUCAACAAGAUCGUGAGUUUAGCUACUUUCCUGAAGGUGCUCAACUUCCCCCUCCUGCUGUGCAUGACAGGAUUCCAGAUGGUGCAGAAUGUUUCUGAUUACGAGCAAUUCCUCGCUUUCACCUCUCUGUUCGCUGCGUCACUGUUCUUAGUAGGUGCAUACGCCUGGUUUGGACAGCAAGUAAUUGACGAGAGUGAGAAGGUGCAGCUGGCGUUCUAUAGCACUGAAUGGUACAGCCAGACAGCGGGAUACAAAAGUCUGCUGCCUCUGGCCAUCAUGAGGGCCUCAAGACCGGUGACCGUGAGGGCUGGAGUUUUCUUUGACAUGUCUUUACUGACUUUCUCUUCUUUGGUGAAUGCUUCUUAUAGAUAUUUCACGAUGCUCAUUCAACUGCACGACUCCUAAGAAGGAGGUGAAAACGAAGAAUGCUUGAGUAGGAACAAGAAACUGACCGUAGCAAUUCCAGUGAGACUUUAUGGGCAAUAGUUAGAAGUAACACGAAUGUUUGUUUCAGUUGAUGUUUCCAUCCAGAGAGAUCUGCAGUGCUGUUUCAGAGUCUAUUCUUUUUGUUCGUGUUAGAUGCUUAUAUUUAAUUCACUAGAUAUACAAAUCACUUCUGUGACCUUCAGAACACAAUCCUUAUAGGACAGACCAUACAAAUAAAUUGUAUUUCUUCACCAAAUGCCCAUUCUUUGGAUUCUCGCAUACACACAGCAGAAGUACGUAUGUGUAUGGCUACUUGAGCACGCAAAGUAAGUAAUUUUAAAUAAAAAAAGUAGAGUGCUUUGCAUUGUA